AUGAGCAAACUGCUUGACAAGUUAGCUGAACCAGCUGAAAAAGCAAUAAAACAAUUAGAUGAAAUAAAAUUUCCAAUGAAGCAGAGGUGUCGACGUAUGAUUGGAGGAUUUUGUAGUGUUGCAAAAGGCCAGACUGAUAAUGACAUAAUAAAAAAGGCAUAUCAAUUUGAAGGAAGUACAGAUUUGCCUACACCAAAAGAGAUAAAAACACAAUAUAAUCAAUUACUAAAAGACGUUGAUAAAUCGGGACAGACGGCACACCUUCUGAUUAUGAAAAUUCUGAAUGUAAAUGAUGGUGACACAAUUAGUUAUCACUUGCCAUUAUUGAUUGGUGAUUUAGAAUUGUGUUGUCAAGGUGAUGUCACCGUGUGGAACUCUUCUCGUAAGAAAACAAAUAAGAUAGAAUGGCCGAUUGUUGAUGGCAGAUUUAAAGCUUUGGUAAAGCUUGUUUGUGGAAAGAAUUUAAUAUGCAUAGAAUGGGGAAGCGAACUUUUGACUUUGACUUUGUUUUUCCAUCCUCCAUUAUUCAGACAUUAUGUACGUCCAGUUUACAUCAUUUGUUCCGAUGACGAUGGUUAUUUUCAAGGGCCAGAUGAUGAAGAUUGUUCACCACAAUGUGCACAAGAGAAGAUAACUCUUGCAGCUAUGUUAAUUCAGUCAUUUACUGCUGAAAAAAUGUCAGAACAUGGAUUCGAAAAAACUACAUUCCAGCUUGAGCAUGGCCAAGGCAAUGAACCGGGUUGUAAAAUAUUCCAAAGCAAACUAACUCAAGAUGAAGCUCAUAGUAUGACAGGUGACGAACUGUGGUCGUACUUUGCGCGGGAACUUAUUGAGUUUGAUUCAGCAUCUAAAGACUAUUGUAAAUGGUUUUGUUUUAUGUCAUUUACGAGAUAUUUCCCUCCAGAAAACUAUGUGCCAAAAACUCAUGGAGAAAUAUUGAAAUCUACAAAAGGCCAUACUGCUUUAGGUGGUGGAGGUCUGGCAUUAUUUGGAACAGGAAGUCUUCACACAUGGGCCAGAAGCGUAGAAGAAGUUAGUAAAAGGUUUACAGAUAACAGAAAGAUAGACAGAAGAAAAUUUAUGGAUGAUAGUGCCUAUAGAGAAACUUACUGGGGUAACUAUGCCACAGGACUUGGUGCUUCACUUCAUGAAUUGGGUCACACCUUUGAUUUGGCUCACACUCCCACAGGAAUCAUGGCUAGAGGGUUUGAUGACAUUCACAGAGUGUUUACAGUUCAGAGGUCAAAAGGCAGCAGGGAAAGUUCAGAUAGAAGCAGAGAGCCUAGCAGCAGCAGAGACAGUCUUCCAAAAACAACCACAAAUGAGGAAAACAGCAAUUCUAGAUGUGACUGCCAUCCUGAACAUAAAAAAUCAAAACAAAUAAGCUCAGGAAGCUCCAGUGAAGAAAGUAUAAUGCAUACCUCCCAUGAAGACAAAGGGAGACAAUCCAGCAUCAGUCCAUCUAGUGCGCCUUGCAAACUUUAUUUUAAUAGUCCAAUAAGAAAGCCUUCCUCCAUUGGCAGCAGUAGUGUAUCACCUCAACCUUUAGUUGUCAAACUAGAAACAGGGUUUAAGUCCAAAAAAUCACCUUCAUCAAUGACAAUUAGUAUUAAGAACUAUGAUGGAACAGAGAAACAUCAGAUGUUACGUCAUGAAGAUGGAUUUGAAGUUGUGACAGAACUGCUCCUUAGCCAGGAAGGGAAGCUACUAAACAAAACUUGUAGACGAGAAAGAACAAGUUCCUGCUCCUCCACCAGUUCUACCUCAGCGCCUCAGUCACCUGUUCGUUUGCCUUCACGGUCUACUUCACAGUCACCAAUGACAACAGUGCCAGCCAUGUUACCUAACUCUCCAGAGGAACCAAUCAGAAUUCCAGAUAUUAUGUACCAAGAUGGUGGAGCCCAUUGGUAUAGGUCAUCUGCUGUACUUUUACAUUACCAUAAAUGGUUUAAUCAGAAUAGUCAAUGCAAUCAGAAAUAUUUACCGUCUGUCUCAGGGAGUAAAAUUAAAGCACCAUGUGGUCUUCGCCUAGUGGAGCUGAGAAAAGAUCCAGAAGGGGUGGUGUUCCAUCAUUGGGAGUUCAUUCAUGAUCCACCUCCAAUGACUUUCACUUUGAAACUGUCCCGUAUUCAUAACAUGCCAUCUAGUGCCAUUACUAUUGUUGUUUUGAUUGAGGACAGCAGGGGAAAUAUACUGAAAAGGAAAAUGAAAGUAGAAGACCUUGAACCAUAAUCAGAAAGUUGUCUAAACUUAUUCCUACCUGGAAGGUGGUAAAAUAUGUUUAUCACAUAAUUUUAGAAAUGUUCAAACUAAUUUAACUUUUGACAGGGUAUACAUGUAUUCAUAUUUUAUGGUACUUAAUUGUUGUUUUAUAGGAAGGAGACUAUGAAAAUUAUUACUUUUUAUUUUUUAUCCCAUUUCAAAGUAUUUUAAAAUGAAAUUGAAUUAAGAUUUUUUUUUAAUUUUCUGUUCUAUUUCCAUGAAACAAACUGAAACUAAUGUUAAUUUUGAAAUUAGAAUAUACCGAAUAUACCUGCCUUUGAAUUUUAUAAACUUUAAGUUUUAAUAAUAAGAGACAACAAAUAUUAAUACAUUGAAAGCAACUACAUUAUUAAUUGAUAUUAAUUUUUGAUAAUUUAUUAAUUUUGAUAUUAAGUAAUUGCAUAUUAGCCUUAAUUGAAAAGUUAUAUGGAAUAUAUUAGAUUCACUCUUUCAUAUGAAUCUCAAUGUUUUUAAUUAUUUAUUUAAUGGUGACUUCCUUUAUAGAAAAGAGGCAGCUUCGGGAAGAAUUUAUUUAUUUUUAAAAAUACCCGCCACAAAACAAUGAAGAAGUCUACAUCUUUACUUUAAUAGUUGGCUUUCAUAGAAAAUAGUAAAGUCACAUUUUAAAAUUUCAAAUUUGAAGGCAGUCAUGACGGUACACAUUAUGUGAUUCUAUUGAAAAUAACCCUUCAGUUGAGUGAAUCACAAUGAAACAGGGUGAUUUCUGGUGAUUUAAAAUGAUAACUCUGCUUUAUGACCUUUACGUUUAUUAUCUGUGAAAACAAAGAAAUAUUUUAGAGUGAAUCAACACCUGCAAUCACCAGCAUUCACUUAGAAAUAUCACUGCACCAGUGGAUUAUACCAGAAUCAUCUUGUGUGUACUGUAUGUGUGCAAAUAAUAAAUUUUGACACCUUAGUUGUUAUUUGAUAACCUCUGCGCUGAAAUUACUUGUUGAUUAUGUGAAUAUUGUCCUCGUAUCUUAAAGAGCAUUGAUGACUAGAUGUACCAUGAAUGGCGAUAUUAUAGAUUUAUAGUUUACUUUUGUUUUUAUAUUUAUUAACUGGGUCAAUUGUUUUAUAUAUAUUAACUGGGUCAAUUGUUUUAUAUAUAUUAACUGGGUAUAUUUAUGUUUUUCUAAUGUAUUACCUCUCUUGUUGAUCAUUUGUGAAGAUUUUUGGAAGAAAAGUUUCAAAUUUUAAUCCACUUAUAAGUGACAGGAAUGUAUAAUGAUGGUUGUUAGUCCAUAGUUUAUCCACAUUUUUUCCUGAAAGAUUGACAGAAUCUUCAGUACCUAGUGGCAUUAUGAACACAAUGUUUCAUUUUUAUUCAAAUAUUUUUCACAUUUUCCAUACCAAAACUUUGGACUAUGCCAUAUAUAUAUCAUUAAGCAGUAAUGAUUGUUUAAUUGCUUUGAAUUAGUUUUGACAUAUCGUUGGUGGAUAUUUUGCUGUAUAUGCCAUAUAUGGGUUGAAUUUAAACUUUGCUUAUAUUUUAUAUUUAUUUUUGGCAUUUUAUAAUGGUUUUCACAUUUUAAAAGUUUUAUACUGUUGAUUUUUGCUAAGCUUUGGUAAAUUAAUGGAAGGCCUUAAUCAGUCCCUUUUCUAUAAACCAGGUAUUGUAUUUUAGAAUUUGUUUCAUCAUCAUGAAAUUUGAUCUCAUAGGGUAAUUUAUUUUUAUACUUCAUCUAUUUUUGUUAUAAGCUGAUCUCAAAAAUGGCUUUCAGUUUCAAAUAGCAUUUAAAUUCUAAACCAAUUACUCCAUGUUUGAAAAUACCAUUGAAAUUUUAUUUAUAGACAAAGUUAAUGAACUAGAUUUUACUUUAUGACCCCUUUUUUGUGUACAAUUUAUAACAAUUUUUUUUGUCUGUAGUUUACUCUUUUUCAGACAAUGCCAAAUUGAGCUUUUAAAAAAUAUUUUAAUUAGUCUGGCAGAAGAAGACAUUUAGCAUUCUUAUUUUUAUAAAAUAUACCAUUUAUACUGUAAAAUGGGACUUUUUCCAACAGGAUUAUUUUUGCUAAUUUUGCAAUCAAGUAAAAAGUACAAAAAUAUCCCCUUGACAUAAAUUUACUGUAUCAGAAAAAUCAGAGACAGGAACAAGAAAAACAUGAAAAUAAAACCACACUAACAUGUUUUGCAUUAAAAAUUGUAAAUUUUAAACUAAAAAUUAACCCUUUACAGUGUAUUAACCCUAUUGCCUUAAUUUCAUCACCUUAUGAUAAUUAGAUAUUGUGUUAUUUGCAUAGCCUUGUAUACAUGUGCCAUAUUCAUAAUACAGCAAACCGACACAAAGAUAAACAACCUUGAAAGAAAUUUUGCAUAGCAAAUUUUAGGGUUAAUAGUUCAAUGCAAGUUCUGAUGUAACUUUCAUAGAUUAAAAGGAUAAGGUUAAGAGUUUUUUUAAUGGAAAUAUAUUUUAUAUCCUUAGUAAAAAUAAUUCUUAGAUAAACAAUGUCUUGUUCUCUGACUCUCAAUAGUUUAGAAAUUACACUUACUUAAGAAAAAGUCUUUCUAAAUUACUGUCAUGAUGAAAUGACAAAUUAAAAAAAAUAUUUCAAAUGAUUGAAAUAUAUCUAACAGUAUGGCCCUUUAUAUAGAAGAGCAAUAACAGAGGAUGCGUGUUAAGUUGACAUUACUUUUCUAAGUCAUAUUUCGAUUUCGAUGACCUGAAAUUUGAUAAAGAUCAUUUAAAACAAAACAGGUUGUUUCAUUUGGUAAUGUGUGUGUGUACAGGGGUGGCUGUAUUUCUAAUAAAAGAACUGAAGUUUUACAUGUCUUUGCAAUACAUACCCCUGAAUAUCAUUUUUAAAAACUUAAGUACUAUAACCACCAUAGAAAAGUAAUUUAAGGAGGUAGACCUGGGUUGAGGAACAAAAUUCUUAAAAAGAAUAUAUUCUAAGAUUGUAAGUUACACAGAUUAUUUUUAUUCUGUUUCACAUUAAUGCUUAAAAAAGCAUUGAUGGAAUUAAUUUAACAAACACAUUACUGAUUAAGGAGUGAUCUAUCUAAACCCAGGUCUGCAUCCUAAAAGAAUGGGAUAAAUGAUUAUUUGCACAGCAGAGGCUUUAAUAAAUGAUUACUUUCACUAUGAAUAAUUUGUAGGUUUGAACGUGCAUCUCUUUAGUUUGAACAAAAUAAUGACAAGCUUACAGCACCCUUUUUUCAGCAAAAUUGGAGAUUGAACAAAAAAAUCCUAUACCUCACUCUAGAAUUUGUAUAAGUGCCAAUUUAAAUACCAAAGUGAAUGUGUUAUUUUAAAUAACAGACUUUUUUCAAUCAUUUCUGGCGGUUUGUAUUACCUUUCAAGAAAUGAUUGAUAAUACUUAAAUCAUAUUGCUUUCAGGUAAAUUCAAUCUUCUAUUUCCAGCAGAUAGAAUUUUUUUAUAAAUUUCGCCAAAGUAUAUUUUAAGAAUAUUUUUUUUAAAAGUAAAUUAAGAAAUAUGUUAUUAUCUUUUUUUAUAUAUAUAUUGAUUUUUGAAGACUCACAGUUAUGUGAAACCAAGACAGGAAAAUUUUAAAUGUUUUUUUUAAAAAUAAGAUAAAGGGACAAUGAGAUUUCCGCUUUCGCUUUUUUAUGCAUAUACAAAAUUGGUUAAUCCAAGACAUGAUUUUAGUUUUUUUGUGAAGAAAACUAUAGUUCUGAGUGCCUUCUAUAAGAAAAUCGCUAAUUUAUUAAUCUAAAAUUCAGAAAUUAUUUAGAAACAAAGGUUCCAACUCCCUCAGUCAAAGUUAGAAGAAAUUGUAUGUUCUUAUUAAGCACCUUUUGGUCAUAUAUCUCUUAAUGUUUUUAUGUUUUUAUACAAUUCUACCAAUGAACUGUUUUGGUUUGAGUUUUCCUGAUGAUGGUACCUUUAAAUCCAGAAAAGUGCUACAGAUGCACAAAAUUUAUUAGUGCUAUUUUCAUCUACAGUAUCAAGACAAGAAAAUUAUUAACUUUUUUAAAUCAAAAUCUUGCUGAUUUGAUAAAAAAAUAUCUGUUCCCAGCCUUUGAAACAUUCAAGUUCAUAUAUGUCCAAUGUAUCAGUGUAUAUCUUUAUUAGACUGAAUUACCAAUAUAUUACAGAGGCAGAUUUUGUAAGGGGGUGUCCCCCCUAAAUGGAGCUUCAUAUAUGAUAAAUGCAUUGAAUUUUUACAAGUAUUACUCCAAACAUUGGUUUUCCAGGGGCCUCUCUUUUUUUCAAAAUCCUGGAUCGGACCUGUAUUAUAAAAUGAAAAGUGCCAUGUUAUAUAUUAUACUCCUAGAUCUCGUAUAAAUAGAUAUAUUUUUCAUUCCAUAUCGUGUAUUAAAUGUGAUAUAUAUUUUAGCUCAGAUUGUUAUUGUAAUUUUGUUUAUUGUUUUAGAAAUAAUUUUGUUGGGGUAUAUAUUUGUAUCUAUAGUUAAUUUGUAAUAUAACUAAAGUUUAGUCUUAAUUAAAUCUUCGGCAUAUUUUUGUGUAUGGUAAUAAGAUAUUUACCUUCGUAAAUUGAUUUGUUUUUUAUGCAAUUUUCAGUUGUUUGUGAAUUUUAGACAGAAUACGUUAUUGUUAAAAAAAGUCUUGAUGGUGUAAGUUAUUAGUUGUAAAAUAGAGUAAUUACAGAUGACAUAAUAUUAUUACUCUUAAAUUUAAAACAGUUUUUGUUUAUUUCUGUUGAAUAUUUAAAUAUGAGGAGAGGCAUCAGAAUGAGUCACCCAAAUUGCCAGAAUUAAAUGAAACUUCACCAGCAAAAGUGAAUUUUAUAAUUAAAACACUGUUUUUAUGUUGAGUGUUGAUACCAAGUAAUCCCUUUUAAAUCUAUAUUAUUAAUAAUCAUAAUUAAAUAUUUUUAUUUUUCAAAAAUAGAACAGGCAUACAUUUCUUUCCACUUGUGUUCACUCUGUGGUGCUAUUUAAAAAAAAGAAAAUCUUUACAAAUGUGGAAUAAAGAUUAAAGUUUAGUCAAAACUUUAUCAGAUUUUUUAUAUGUAUAGUUUUCUGAAAUAUUUCGUUUUGAUUAAGUUGAAAAUCAUAGGGCAGUAAUGGAAAAUAUGAAUACCCUUAUAGGUUUUGGAAUGAAAGGAAAACACCAUUAAAUUACAAUGUUUGACAUUUUUUUACAACUGACCAGUGCAUGUUAAAUUGUUAAACAGCUUUAACAUAUGUUAAACUUUGGUACCUUAGCUCAAAUAAUACAAAUAUUACAAUGAGGGGGCAAAUUACAUAUUUUCACAAUAAACAGUCCAUAUGAUAUCUUGCAGGUAAAAAAAAAAAUAUUUUAAGACAACCUCGAUAUAAAUGAUUUAUAUAUGUAUGCCUUUCAUAAAACUAAUAGAAUAUUUCACACAUUGUUUCAAGCAUUUAGAUAUUUGAUGUAUCUACAAUAUUUUCAAAAUCUCUUAUAUGUUAACUGCAAUACCAGUAUAUAACUUUUUUUUUCUUCAGAAUUUUGGGCUUGCAACUUCAUGUUUGGUUUGGCCUUCUAACAUUUUUUAUUGAUGAGUCUUAUGCAGAGGAAAUUGUGUCUGGCAUAACAAAUUAUGUGCCUAGUAUCUUUAAUUACUAUGUUAUUUAACAUCUAUUUAGUUUUUGAAAUGGCUGCUUUUAACUGUGUUUAAACUAAAAAUGCUCAAAUUUGAUCUAUUAAGGUGGUACAUAACACUACAGGGAGAUAACUCUGUAAAAAUCAGCUGAUCCUUUUAAUCACGUUCUAUUGUUAAGGAAAUAUUCAGCUUCUUAACGAUCAAAAUUGGUGUUUGUCAAACUGCUAUAUAUCCAAUGAAAUUUUUUCGAUAAAGUGUGUGGUUCAAGUUUUUUGAAAUUUUUAUAUUUUUGUCAAAGGGUCAAAGUAAAUAUUUUGUCAAAAUUUUAUGAAAAUUAAAAUUAAUUUUAGUCAAGGUGUUUGGUACCACCUUAAAGCUUAAGUCGCUAGAACCUAACCAUUUUCAAAUUGAACUGACCAAAGAAUUAGUGAAGACCUUUAUUAGUUUUGGUGUAAUAUAUCAUGUACAUGUAGUUUGUCUAUUUAUAAAUAUAAAUGUUAAAUCAGGUAUUAUAUAACAAUUAUUGAUGAUAUUAUAUAAUGAGUUCGUCUAUAUAUUUAUUUGUGGACUAAAUUGUGUUAAAAUACACAAGCUUUGUUUAUAUUAGUUAAGUUAAAAUCUCUAUUUUUUAUAUCUGGACUAAUUUUGAUCAAAUUUGUCUUUUGUGAUCAUUCAUUUCUAAAUAUUUGAAGUUAAUCAGUUAUAGAAUAUAUGAAAUGUAACAGUUUCAGCUUUAAACUUAAUAAUAUGUUGAUUCUGGGUGCAGACAUUUUGACAUAUAAAAGGAGUAUUUGAUCCAAUAAUAAGAACAUUUUUAAAAAAUGUUAUACAGACAGCAAGCUCAGACACCUGUCACAGAUUUAGAAUAAUAACGACAUUCAUGGGAAGUGAUAAUUGAGCUGCGUCGCAUAGAAAUCAACCUUUUGCAAAUGAAUAUCAAUACAUCUUGUUAACCUAUUUCGGGUUGAAAAAUCUCUAUGGAAAGUCUGUAACUGUUUGAAAAUUGAGUUGUUACAAGAACACUAUAAAACAGACCAAAAUUCAUCUUUUAUUUCAUUUUUGAAUAUUCCAAAAUCAAUUAAAGUCUUAUACAUGUACAUUUAUACGUGCACUUGCUAAAUUGUCCUGUGAUUUAUUAUAGAAGACAUAAAUCUGGUCUUUAUGUUCAUGGUACUUGAUUUGUGUGGCAUUUUCUUCUUCAUUAAGUCCAACUCCCUUAAUGUCUAUUCUUGUAUGAACUUUAUAUUGAUGAAGUUUUUUGUUUUUUUUUAUUUAAAGUCAUUGUGGAUUUAAAAUCAGCAGUCUAUACAUUGAAUCAUGAAAAAUAAUCUUCAAGCAACAGUACUUAUUAUUGCAUAUAUUUUCAUUGUAUUAUCUUCAGGAAUCUGAAAUCCACACAUUUUGAUGGCAUGUCCAUCAAAUUUGAAACUGAUUGUGCAGCUAGAUUGUCACAUGACUCGCAAAACAUAACACAAGUUUGCCUGCUUGUUCUUUGAACUUGAUUUGGUAAAAUAUUUGUCAUCUAUGUGAAGUCCAAUUUUCUUAAUGUCUAUUAAUUUGUGAUUCUCCGAAAAAAAAUAAGUGUGAAAUAUAUUUAUAAUAAGAUUAAUUGUGGUUUGCAUUCCAUACAACCAGAUUCUGUCAACAAUAAACAUGGCAUACAUUUUCAUUCUGUUUUCAUCUGAAUUUUAUAGUUUUACAUACAAAGAGUGAAGUCCACAUCUUUUGAUGGCAUGUACAUCUGAUUUGGAAAUCUCUGUACAGCUACAUUGCCAACUUUUUGUCUUACAAAACAAGACACAAGCCUGUCCAGUACGCUCUUUACACUUGAUAAUGGUCAAGUGUCCUUGUUCAGUGUGAAGUCAACUUCUUUUACGUCUAUGAUUUUAUGAUCCUCUAUAAAACAAGAAAGUGUUGAAUAUAUAUUUUUGCAUAUAUUUUCAUUUUAUUUUUUUCUGACUUUAUGAUUAGUGAAUGCUAAGAGUAUGAAGUCCAUACAUUUCAAUGGCAUGUCCAUCUGAUCUGAAAGUCAUUUUACAGUUAGAUUGUCACAUAUUGUAUUACAAAACAAGACACAAGCCUGUUGAGAAUGUUCUUUACACUUGACAUUGCUAAAGUUUUCUUUUUCAGUGUGAGGUCUAACUUCCUUAAUGUCUGUGAUUUUAUGAUGACUAGAAUUCAGCUUACAAAACAUGACACUAAUCUAUCCUGCAUGUCCUUAACACUUGAUUUUGAGAAAGUUUCCUUCUUCAGUGUAAAGUACAACUUCCUUUAUAUUUAUGAUUUUGAGAUCCUUACAAAAAAUCAAGUGUUGAAUAUAUUUAUAGUAAGAUUUAUGGUGGAUUGCAGUUAACAGAACAGUACACAUUUGCAUACAUUUUCAUUUCAUAUUUAUUCUAACUUUUAUGAUUUAUGAAUAUAAAAGAGUAUGAUUCCACACAUUUCAAUGCCUUGUCCAUCUGAUAUGAAAGUUUGUGUACAUCUAGAUUGUUAUAUCUUGCAAAAUACGAAAAAGGUCUAUCCUGCAUGUUCUUAAAACAACAUUGCAUAUUUAUUCAUUUUAUUUUCUUCUGACUUUAAUGAUUUUGCAUACUCAGAGUCUGAAUUCCACAUAUGUUGAUGGCAUGUCCAUCUGAUUUGAAAGUCUUUGUACAGCUACAUUGCCACAUGAUUUACAAAACAAGACACAAGCCUGUCCUGAAUGUUCUUUACACUUGAUAUUGGUAAAGUCUCCUUCUUCUGAAUGAAGUCUGACUUCUUUUAUGUCUAUAACUUUGUGAUCCUCUGUAAAAUGAUAAAGCAUUGAAUAUUUAUUUUAAAUAAGAUUUAUUGUGGAUUGCAGUUAAUACAAUAAGAUUCAGUCAACUGUACAUAUUCCAUACAUUUUCAUUUAUUUUUUUUUCUGACUUUUAUAGUUUUACAUUCUAAGAGUCUGAAGUCCAUACAUUUUGAUGGCAUGUCCAUCUGUUAUGAAAGUCUUUGUACAGCUACAUUGCCACAUGAUGUGUUACAAAAGAAGACACAAACCUGUCCUGAAUGUUCUUUACACUUGAUGUUAGUGAAGUAUCCUUCUUCAGUGUGAAGCCCAACUUCUUUAAUGUCUAUGAUUUUAUGAUCCUUAGAACUCAGCUUACAAAACAAAACAUAAGCCUGUUGAGAAUGUUCUUUACACUUGAUAUUAGUAAAGUUUCCUUCUUCAGUAUGAAGUCCUACAUCUUUUAUGUUUAUGAUUUUGUGAUCCUCUGUAAAAGAAAUAAAGCGUUGAAUAUAUAUUUUAAAUAAGAUUUAUUGUGGAUUGUAGUCUAUACAACAACAUUCAGUUAACCUUACACAUUGCAUACAUUUUCAUUUUAUUUUCUGCUGACUUUGAUAGUUUCUAUAUAAGAGUCUGAUGUCCACACAUUUUGAUGGAAUGUCCAUCCAAUUUUAAAGUCUUAGUAUAGCUAGAUAGCCACAUGAUGUCUUACAAAAAAGACACAAGUCUGUUGAGAAUGUUCGUCACACUUGAUAUUGAUGAAGUUUCCUUCUUCUGUGUAAUGUAAAUCUUGUUUUAUAUCUUUUAUUGUGUGAUCCUCUGUAAAAAAAAAAUUAGGCUUUAAAUAUAUAUUUUUAAAAAGAAUUAUCUGGAUUGCAGUCUAUACAGUAUACGAUCAGAUUCCGUUAACCUUACAGAUUGCAUACAUUUUCAUUUUAUAUUCUUCUGACUUUAUGAUUUUUGCAUACUAAGAGUCUGAAGUCCAUACAUUUUGAUGAGAUGUACAUCUGUUAUGAAAGCCUUUGUACAGCUACAUUGCCAUAUGAUGUUUUACAAAACAAGACAUAGGUCUGUUCGAUUGUUCUGCACACUUGAUUUUGGUAAAGUUUCCUUCUUCAGUAUGAAGUCCAACAUCUUUUAUGUCUAUGAUUUUUUUAUCCUCUGUAAAGUAAAGCGUUGAAUAUAUAUUUUAAAUAAGAUUUAUUGUGGAUUGCAGUCUAUACAAUAAGAUUCAGUUAAUCAUUCACAUUGCACACAUUUUCAUUUUGUUUCUUCUGACUUUUAUAGUUCUUGCAUAUAAAGAGUCUUUAAGUCCACACAUUUUUUUGGCAUGUCCAUCUGAUUUGAAUGUCUUUGUACAUCUAGAUAGCCACAUGAUGACUUAUAAAAUACACUUUAACAAAUUGUUUUCACUAUAUAUUUACUUAUCUUUCAGUUGUCACAUAUCAAUAAGUCACAUUGGUUACAUUUCCAGUGGACUUUAUUCUGGCUUUGAAAUUUUUACAAAUUUUAAGUAUACUUAAUGUACAUUAACAAACAUAUUGUCUCAUUUUUUUAUCUCCCAUGUCCCUAAGACUUCAAGAUUUUAGAUUCAACAAUUUUUCACAUUAUUUUUACUCUUUUUUUUGUCAUUUUAAGAAAGGUCUGAAGUCUAUACCUCAGAUUUAGCGAUUCCUCUGAUUUUAUGCAAUUUCAUUUUAUUUAUUUUGUCUUAAUAUAAGCUGUUAUUGCAUACAUAGAGUAUGUAGUCCAUACAUCCCUGUUGUAUGAUCAUCUGAUUUGGAAGUUAUUGCACUAUUAAAAUAUUGUUAUUUGUCACAAGUUUUACAGAACAUGGAGCAGUUCUGUCUGUCACUUCCUUAGCUAUCAAAAUUCGUUAAGUUCAUUUCAAAUCAAACAUCCCUGAUAUUAAUUAUUUUGAGAUCCUUCAAAAAAUGAAAAUUGAAUAUAAUUUUAAUUAGAGAAAUUGUGGAUUUAGAGUCUGCAGUCUAUACACUUCUUGAUUAAAACAUUUUGCUUUAAGUGCACAUAAGAAAGAAUGGUCAAAUUGCCAUUACAAAGAACUAAUUCUUUAACAAUUUUAUUGGUCCCCAGCACUUUUUUUUACAGUUGUCACACAUAAGUAAGGCACACUGUAUACAUUUCCAGUUGAUUGUAUUCUUUCCUAAAUGUUUGUACUCAUAUUGUAUAUAAAAAAAGUUUUUAUCUGUCAUGUCCAUUGAUGACACUAGCACUUGUUCUUAUCAGUUGUCACACAUUAAUAAGUCACACUGUAUACAUUUCCAGUGGAUUGUAUUCUGUCUAUACAAUUUUUAUCUGCCAUGUCCCUGGUACUUUAAAUUUUUAUGCGCUUCUUAAGGAUAGGUUAAAGUAUAUAACAUUGAAUAUUUAGCAUGCAUAAAAUUAUCCGUAUCUGUUCAUCAAAUGUUCUUUAUUUGCAGUUAGUGCUCAUAAAAAUGUGUCAUCUAUAUGUUUCAAUUUUCAGCGUUUUUUUUUUUUCUUUUUUUAAAUUGCACAUAACAAAGAACAUUUCCAUCAUCAUGUUUUAUUGAAAUCGAACAGGUAUAUACAUAGACACCUUGAUUGUACAGACAGUAAGAUUAUCUGGAAGGUUCUUAUUGCUUGAAGUUUGUCAAAUCUUCAGUACAAAUCCCCAUUUCUAUGAUAUCUAUUAUAUAACAGUUCUUAGAAUACACAUUUGAAUCCUGUUAUUUCUGCACAGUUAGUGCACAUGAGAAUUUCCAUUCUUCACACUUCCAUUUUAUAUUUUGUGUUUUUCUUGUUAAUUGCACAAUAAAAGUUCACAGUUUAUGCAUUUCCAUUUGAUUUUUUUGUGUGAAAAAUCUUUUCUCUUUCUUUGUUUCUACAGAUAGUACACAUGAGCAUUUCACAAUCUUCUCACUUCCAUUUUAUAUAUUAUGUGUUUUACUUGUUAUUUGCACAAUAAAAGGUCACAGUUUAAGCACUUCCAUUUGAUUUUUUCUGUGUGAAAAAAUCUUUUCUCUUUCGUUGUCUGUACAGUUAGUACACAUGAGAAUUUAACAAUCUUCACACUUCCAUUUAAUAUUUUGUGUUUACUCAUUGAGGGACAAUACAAACAUUUCUAUUAAUUUUUUCUGUGUAAGAAUUUAUUUUUCUUUGUCUGUACAGUUAGUACACAUGAGAAUUUCAGUCUUCACACUUCCAUUAAUUAUUUUGUGUUUUUCUUGUUAAUUGCACAAUAAAAGUUCACAAUUUAAGCAUUUCCAUUUGAUUUUUCUGUGUGAGAAAUUAUUUCUCUUUGUCUGUACAGUUAGUACACAUGAGAAUUUCACAUUCUUCGCAUUUCCAUUUUACAUUUUUCCUUUUACAAGUUAUGGCACAAUCAAAGUUCACACUCAAGACAUUUCCACUUAUUUUUUUCUGUGUUUGAAAUAAUUUGGUUCUAUUUCUCUACAUGAAAAUUUUCAGUCAUCUCACUUAUAUUUUAUAUUUCAUGUUUAACAAGUUAAGUCACCGUGAUAUAGCCUUUUUGUGCUGAUGAGGCUAUAGGCAAUCACCAAUCAGUCAAUCAAUUUAACAAGUUCAGGCACAGGAAAAGUUUGCAAUUCCAAUAUUUCCAUUUAGUUUUUCUGUGUUUGAAAUAACUUCUAUCCUUUUGUCUGUACAGUUAUUUCAGAUGAGAAUGUCACAAUCGUCAGGCUUCCAUGUUUAUAUUUUGUGUUUCAAAAUAAAUGUUCACAAUCCAAACAGUUCUUUUUUUCUCUGUGUGAUAAACUGCUUCUCUUCCUUUGUCUGUAUAGUUUGUACACAUGAGAAGUUCAAAGUCUUCACACUUUUAUUUUAUAUUUUGUGUUUUACUAGAUACAGCACAAUAAAAGUUCGCAAUUCAAACAUUUCCUUUUGAUUUUUUCUUUGUCUGUUCAGUAAGUACACAUGAGCAUUUCACAUUCUUUGCACUUCCAUUUCAUAUUUUGUGGUUUACAGGUUAAGGCACAAAUAAAGUUCACAAUCCAAAUAUUUCCAUUUAAUUUUUUCUGUGUUAGAAAUUAUUUCCCUUUCUUUAUCUGUUCACAUGAGAGUUUCACAGUCUGAACACUUCCAUUUUAUAUUUUGUGUUUUUCUUGUUAAUUGCACAAUAAAAGUUCACAGUUUAAGCACUUCCAUUUUUUUCUGUGUGAGAAAUUAUUUUCUCUUUGUUUGUACAGUUAGUACACUUGAGAAGUUCACAGUCUUCACACUUCCGUUUUAUAUUUUGUGUUUUACUAGAUACGGCACAAUAAAAGUUCACAAUUCAAACAUUUCCAUUUGAUUUUUUCUUUGUGAAAAACUAUUUUAUUUCUUUGUCUGUUCAGUUAGUACACAUGAACAUUUCACAUUAUUCGCACUUCCAUUUCAUAAUUUGUGGUUUACAGGUUAAGUCACAAAUAAAAUUCACAAUCCAAACAUUUCCAUUUAUUUUUUUCUGUGUAAGAAAUUAUUUCAUUUCUUUGUCUGUUUAGUAGGAACACAUGAGAAUUUCACAUUCUUUACACUUCCAUUUCAUAUUUUGUGUUUACUUAUUAAGGCACAAAUAAAGUUCACAAUCCCAACAUUUCCAUUUAUUGAGUGAGAAAUCAUUUCUCUCCUUUGUGUGUACAGUUAAUACAAAUGAGAAUUUCACUGUCUUCAAACUUCCAUUUGAUUUUUCGUUUUAUACUUGUUAAGGCACAAUAAAAGUUCACAGUCUAAACAUUUCCAUUUAAUUUGUUCUGAGUGAGAAAUCAUUUCUCUCCUUUGUGUGUACAGUUAGUACACAUGAGAAUUUCACUGUCUUCACACUUCCAUUUUGUAUCUCGUGUUUUAUUGUUAAGGAACAAUAAAAGUUCACAGUCUUUCAAACAGUUCCAUUUAAUUUGUUCUGUGUGAGAAAUUAUUUUUCUUUCUGUCUCUCUGCAGUAAGUACACAUGAUAAUUUCACUGUCAUUGCACUUCCAUCUUAUAUUUUGUGUUUUUCUAGUUUAUUACACAAUAAGAAAAAAUACGAUUUAAUAUGUUUAAGCAUUUUCACUUAAUUUUAUCUGUGACAGUACUUUUAUUUCUUUGUACUUUUGAGUUGAUAGUGCACUAUAGAAUUUCACAGUACUUCCAUUUUAUAGUUGUGAUUGUUUUCCUAGUUGUCACUCAAUAAAAGUUCGCAAUCCAAACAUUUCCACUUGAUUUUAUCUGUGUGUGCAACUACUUUUUUUUUUUGUACUUUUGAGUUGGUGCACAUGUGAAUUUCAGAAUCAUCGCACUUCCAUUUUACAUUUUGUGUUUUUCCUGUUAACAAAAGUUUUUAAAGAAAACUUCACAAUCCAAACAUGACAAUUUUUUUAAAAAGUCAUGAAACCUACUUAUUAUAUGUCAAUAAAACUAAGUCGCAAGUAAUACCUUCUCUGAAAUUAUUGCACAUUUUAAUAAAAACACAAUUAUAGUUCAAAUUCCUCACAAUCUCAUUUAUGUUUUAUUAUCAAGUUCACAUUUUGUACAUUUUCAUUGAAUUAGGUGUUUUUAAAAGUCAGUAUCAUUAAAACUUCUGACCACUAGUCUCAACACAUUCUUUUUCUUUCUGUUAAAGGUGUACAUAAUUGGGAUGAUUAAAGUAUUUGCAGAACAGAACAGGAGUAAAAAAAAUGAAAGAUUUCUUAAAACUUUUUUUUUAAAAAUACAGCGAUUAUAAUUUAGUAAGUCAAACGUGUGUAACAGAGAUGGCAAGUUUGUCAAAUGAUUUACAACAGAGACAACUCUUUGUGGCUUAGUUUUCAAAAGAGCAGAUUUGUUCAACAUGUUAUUCGCACUUCUUAUACCAAAACUUCAUCUGUAUGAUGCCCAAUGCCUUAAAUUUUGUCUUGAAGUUAGAAUUUCUAGAAGGUUUGAAAUAUAUAAUAUUAACUUUGUCUGCUUAUUAAAAGCCUUGCAAGAUUUAGUGUACUAUUAGAUUUUUCAGGACUAACUUGAGAUUAAACAGCAGGAAAGUAUUGAAAAAAAUUACUGAUUAAGACAUGAAAACUCAAUAAAAGAUCACAAUCUAUGCACUUCCAACUGGUCUUUUCUUAUAAUUUCUUUUAACUGUUAAAUUUAGAGUCUAGAUAUUUCCAUUUUAUUUUUUAGUUAUUGAAAGUUUAAUUCAAAUUUUAUACAUGUGUACCAUGCUUUAUAAAAGUUAUAAAAGUGGCAGAAAAUACAAAAGGGACAAUCAGAUAUGAAAAUUAAUUCAGUGGCUUCUCAAGACACCUCUAUAAGAGCUUUGCAGUCUAUGUAUUUUCAAAGUUUUUAGUUUCUGUAAAAAUUUAAAUCAUACCUAUUACAAUGUAUUUAAAGUUUCUCUUAAUGGUUUCUCUGUUUAUUUAGUUAGUGUACAAUAAAUAACCACAGUCAAUACACUUCCAUUUUAUAGGUUUUCUUUAAGUGCACAUGGAAAGUUUGCAUUUUAUUUCAUUUAUUUCUGUCUCAAAAUAAAGUGUACCUAAAAAUUCCUGUGGGUGUCUUAAAAAGGCCUUUGUGAGUCAGAACAUCUGCAGUAUAUGCAUUUUAUUCAAGAAGAUCACAAGAUAAGUCUGCAUUUAAUUUUUCUUUUUAAAUGGUUUUUCUAUUUAAGGAGUCUGGCCAAAUAUUCAGCCAAUUAGAGUCAUAUGAAUCUAAUAUUUAAAAAGAUAUGUUACUACAUAAGAAAAAUUGUGCCCCAAGAUUUGUCUUAAAAAAACCUUUUUUUUUUUAAAUGGGUGUAUUCAAAAAUAGAAAAACGACUUGCAGAUUUUGCAUUUAAGUGUAAAUUUCCUGGAAUAAAUUAGAAAAAUAUAUAUAACUGAUUUUUUGUAUGUCGCACAUAUAAAAAGUUCACAAUCAAGGCACUUCCAUUUUAUGUUUCUUAAUUCUGUAAUUGGAACCAGAGAUACAUCUCUGUUGGAACAUAAUUAAGUUCGAAAUCUCAAUUUUCAAGUUCAAUUGACUCUUUAAUCAGUACUUGUUAAAAAAUUUCAGUCCACACUUCUCCCUUUAUACAUUGUCUUUUAAGUUGUUGACAGUAAAAGUUAUCAAGGCACUCCAAUUUUAAAAUAUAAAUUUUAGAAAGGUUUAUGAUAGGUGUCUGAGCUAGAUUAAUGGGAGAGAAAGUAUGUCAAUUUUUAAAAGACAGCAUUUCUGUGUUUCAUAUAUAUAUAUAAUUCAACAUUUGUAUUGCUACAGGAAUGAAUGUUUGGUUAUAUUUUAUUUACCAAAAUGUCUUUAACAAUUUCACGCUUUAAACAAAAUGACUUGGAAUGUUUAGUUUUAAAAAGUAUUUUUUAUUUUAUUUCUUUGUCUGUUCAGUAAGUACACAUGAGCAUUUAACAUUCUUUGCACUUCCAUUUCAUGUUUUGUGGUUUAAAGGUUAAGGCACAAAUAAAGUUCACAAUCCAAACAUUUCCAUUUAUUUUUUUCUGUGUAAGAAUUAUUUCUCUUUCUUUAUCUGUACAGUUAGUACACAUGAGUUUCACAGUCUGAACACUUCCAUUUUAUAUUUUGUGUUUUUCUUGUUAAUUGCACAAUAAAAGUUCACAGUUUAAGCACUUCCUUUUUUUUCUGUGUGAGAAAUUAUUUUCUCUUUGUCUGUACAGUUAGUACACUUGAGAAGUUCACAGUCUUCACACUUUCGUUUUAUAUUUUGUGUUUUACUAGAUACGGCACAAUAGAAGUUCACAAUUCAAACAUUUCCAUUUGAUUUUUUCUUAAUUCUGUAAUUGGAACCAGAGAUAUGUCUCUGUUGGAACAUAAUUAAGUUCGCAAUCUCAAUUUUCAAGUUCAAUUGACUCUUUAAUCAGUACUUGUUAAAAAAUUUCAGUCCACACUUCUCCCUUUAUACAUUGUCUUUUAAGUUGUUGACAGUAAAAGUUAUCAAGGCACUCCAAUUUUAAAAUAUAAAUUUUAGAAAGGUUUAUGAUAGGUGUCUGAGCUAGAUUAAUGGGAGAGAAAGUAUGUCAAUUUUUAAAAGACAGCAUUUCUGUGUUUCAUAUAUAUUUCAACAUUUUUAAUGCUACAGGAAUGAAUGUUUGGUUAUAUUUUAUUUACCAAAAUGUCUUUAGCUAUUUCACGCUUUAAACAAAAUGACUUGGAAUGUUUAGUUUUAAAAAGUAUUUUUAUUGUUGUCUUGUAAACAGCAUGCACUUGUUGAAUGAAAUAGUACAAUAUUGCCCUUCAAAGCUUGUGAAACCAAGUCAAAUUUGUUUUCUUUUUUUUUAAGUAUAUUUGUCAGCCACUAAAUACAUAAUCAAGUAAUUAAGUUGAUUUUAGUUUAUAUUUCAUUCGAAGAUGUAUGAAAUUCACAAUAACAACUGACUGAUAUUAUAAAAACUACAUUAAUAGACUGAUCAUCUUAAGAUUUGAUUUCUGUAAAUUCAGAAAUUUUUGCAAUGUUUUUUCCGUUGUCAACAUGUCGGACAAUAACUCAUAAACGCUAUAACCAAUUUUCAUGAGACUUUGGUGAAUUGUUUAUAUCUACUGACGUAAGCUCCCUUUCCACUUACCCAGUAUAUAAAUUUUAGAUUUUACAUUUCUUAUGGGAUUUUAUUCAUAAAAAUUUUUCUAGUUUUUGGACAGUAACUCAAAAAUUCUUUUAGCAGUUUUCAUGAAACUUUUGUGAAUGGUUUAUAUCUAUUAGAAUAAACUGCUUUUAAUUUUUUAUGACAUUGAGGAGUUCUGGAACUUUAUUGUCGAAAAAGCGACAAUGAAUCAUGCGCUCAUGGCACAGCUCUUUAAUAUUAUUGAGAAAAUUGCAACAGGAUAGGUUUUACUAAAAUGAAAAAUCAUAUUUAAAUUCUGAUUGCAUUAUAUGUAUGCUGAAUUUCUGGAAAUCGUAACAAUCAAUCUCCCAUUUUUGCUCAAUGUUAAUGCGAAAAAUUGGGAAAGGAUAGGUUGGCAACAAUGUAAACAUUUGUAUUUUAGAUUCUGAUAGCAAUAUUUGUAAGCAGAAUUUCCGGAAAUUGUAAUAAUCAUUAUCCCAUUUAUUUCAAUCGUUCAAUCAUUGUAAUAAUUAUUGUGCGCUGAAAUUUCUGAAUUUACAUGACUGGUACUUAUAUAACAUGUAUAAACAAUUAUAAAAAAAGAUGAUUACAAGGAUGUAGUUCAUUCCAGACUUCAUUAUCUGUAAAGAAAAAUGUUUGUCUUCAGUAUUAUGUUACUGUACCUUUUAUCUGUUGAAGAGCAAUCAUUGAACACAUAUUUUAUAUUAUGUCAAAAGUCAUACCUUAAAAGGUAAUUUACUGCUGUGAAUUUCUACAAAAAUCAGGAGAUAUAUGGGGAAAUGAUUUUAAGUUUCUUCAGUGAUCAUGUUUAUCUGAAAUAGUAAGAUAUUCGGGGAAAUAGCAUUUUUUUUGUUUCAGAGUAGUUGAGGCUGAUUAAAUAUAAUUUUUGAAAUUAAUAUUAUCUUUUUGUUAAUGAAUAGUUUGGUCCAAAUGGCAUUAUUUGAAAUUGGCAUUUUUAGUCAUGUUAUGAAUAUUUUAGUUAAAGAUUUAUCAGAUUCACACUAAAACAUUUAAGAUCUUAGUCCCAUUUUCAUGUAGAAAAUGUAUUCAUAGAUUGUAUUCGUUAUUUUCUGAUGAUAACCAAUUGUUCUUUAAAGAAAAUCUCUUGCUUUCCUCAUCUAAAGUUUUUUUAAUUGGCUUAAGAUGCUGAAAUUUAAUUUAGUUUUUGACUUAAAUUAUUUAUUAAUUAAAAAGAUUUAAAACAUAUUCAUUAUGGGAUUUUGUCAGAAGUAUUAUAUAAAUAUAUAUAUUAUAUUAGAAAUUCCAUUUGACUUACUCAAGUGAUAUUAGGUAAAUUAUUGCAGCAGAAAUAUAUAUAUGAUAUUUUUAAUCAGUAUCCUUAUUUUAUGCAUAUCGUUUGAUAUUAUGUUGUUUGAGUUCAUUUUAACUUGUUAAUUAUUUAAUUAGAAAAUUAAAUGGUUUAAAUGUA